AGUUUGCUGCAGACUGUCGUUCGUUACCCUCCCUCUGUGCAGUACCUACAAGUCCCUUCACUCCUUUCGGGCUUUCUCACUGCAUCUUUGUGUUUGAACUAGCAUCGACACAACAAAUCGACUGCUGAUUCUUACGCUGAACCUUAAUUGCACCCGCCGUCAAGGUUUCACCACCGCCAUACAACGUCGCAAUUAGCAAUAUUACAAGAGCUAUUGAGCACACGCAUUGCUCCAUUGACUCCUGGUCAUCACUCCGCCGGCCCGAUCGCUGAGGACUGUCAAGAUCUUUUCCUUAUACAUAUCGAGCUGGAGCUGCGGCCAUUCCCAUGUUCCCAAUAUCAAAAUAGUUUUGACUGAGGAUUGCGAUCGGUAUCUGGCGUACACAUGUCGAACGGGACGCAAUCGUCGCCCCUUCAUGGGGCAUGCCCCGCACCUUUUUACGAUGCCUCCAAGUUUGACUUGGGCGGGUUUGUUGAUGGCCGCUUCUGUGCGCCCGUUGGUAGAGGCCUCGUGUGCUGUCUACCAUGUCCGAUGACCGACUAUCUCUAUCCUCAAGAUUUCAACACGUACUAUACUGUUGCUGAAGGAUUGAAUGUUGCAGGCCUCGUCUUACUUGUUUUCCUGUUGGUAUCUUUUCUUGUCUUGCCUGCGGAGAAGACCCGACGACACUAUCUCAGCUACUGUCUGAUAAUAGCUGCUAUAUUCAUGGCUCUCGGCUUCGUGAUACCUCUAGGAGCGGAACCUGAACAAUGCUACAACGAGAUUACCCCCAACGACAUGUAUUCGAGUCUCCCUUGUGCUCUCUCGGGUGCUUUCCUCAUCUCUGGUGGACUUUCCAUGGCAGUCUGGAUUUUCAUCCGCGCUCUUUCGAUGCAUCUCCAGAUUUGCUGGGACGUCACACCUGGCAGGAAGUUCUUCUACUGGGCACAAGGCCUGGGCUGGUCUGUGGCAGCCACCUUCUUCACAAUCACCAUCACAAUUACCGGUGUAUCCUUCAGGUUUGGCGAUGUAUGCCACGUUAACCCCGCACAUUCUAUGAGCGAUUUCUGGGGGCCGUUACUGGCGAUUGCCGGCGCUGCUAUGCUCAUCCAGGUCGCAACAUUCGGGUACUGCAUCAAAGUAUAUCUUCAGAACAUGCUCAGCGACGACAAGACCGAGACACAAAGUAGCGCUGGCCUGCCAUCCUACACGACAAGCAUGCGAACCCGCUCAGCUCGAGCAGUAUAUCGACGUGUGCGCAAAGUGCUCUGGCUCCAGUGGCGUGGCAUAACGAUCGUCGUCUUCAUCUUGGUCGACGUCAUCUUCUUCUCCGUCGUUUUUAUCUGGUUGAAUGCCCUCACAACGCACGCGCGAGACAAUGUGCAGGAAAUGAUGCCAUUCUUGACUUGCCUUAUGGCAAACCCAACGGACCCAUCACCUUGUUUUGAGCUUGGCCAAGAUCUUGCGGUCAACGAAUCGACCGUCAUUGCCAUCUUAAUGAUGCUUUCCAUCGCUGGAAUCCAGGUCUUUGUUCUCCUCGCGCGAGGAAGCAUGUUCAGUGGAUGGCUCGAUUUUUUCAGGGGAAAGUUCAGCAAGAACCGCGAGUUUGUUUCGCUUGAUGCGAGGAAUCUUGCCGAACAUUCUCGCAACUACGAGCUGAAGAAGUUCGAAGAUGGUGCCAUACAAUCUCCCGCAAAUGUGCUUACACACCCACCCGAGAUCGCCGGCUAUGGUCAAUUCAGAUCAGACACUCCGGACUACUUUACGAAGGAGACGCAACGCGAGUACGUCAGCCCGACCUUAAGCUUCUCUACUCCACGACCCAUGUCGCGGUCCGCAACUCAAGUCGACUGGGAUCCUCGGUCAACCCACGCUAGAGGAGGCCUUGGAUUCCAUCCACCAGAGUAUGACGCCAAAAUUUGA